AUGGUUCUUAUGCGCUUUGCCUGGCUUGCGGGCCUUGUUGCGUCGGCCUUGGCCGCUACUCCUGAACAAUGGCGCUCGCAGUCGAUCUACUUCCUGCUCACUGAUCGCUUUGCUCACACUGAUGGCUCGGUUUCUGCCAAGUGUGAUGCCAGUAUGGGCAGAUACUGUGGUGGUACCUGGCGAGGAAUUAUCAACAAGUUGGACUAUAUUCAAGGAAUGGGCUUCACUGCCGUUUGGAUUACCCCCGUUACUGCUCAGUUGGAAGAGGUGACCCCAUACGGUGACCCCUACCACGGAUACUGGCAGCAGGAUAUUUAUGGACUCAACUCGCACUACGGAACAGCCAAGGAUCUCAAGGACCUCGCUGCGGCCUUGCAUAAACGUGGCAUGUACCUGAUGGUCGAUGUGGUGGCCAACCACAUGGGCUACGAUGGUUCUCACAAUGACAUCGACUACUCCAAGUUCAACCCCUUCAACAACAAGAAGUACUUCCACGACUACUGCUCGGUCGACUACAGCAGCCAAGGCAAUGUGCAGAAUUGCUGGCUCGGUGACAACACAGUCGCUCUGCCAGAUCUGAAGACGGAGCGUAAUGAUGUGCACACGAUGUGGCAGAACUGGAUCAAGUAUCUGGUUAAAGAAUACUCAAUUGAUGGUAUCCGUAUCGACACCGUGAGACACGUCCAGAAAGAAUUCUGGACCGGCUUCAACAAGGCUGCAGGCGUUUACUGUAUCGGUGAAGUCUUCAAUGGUGAUGCCGGUUACACCUGCCCGUACCAGGAGGUCCUGGAUGGUGUGCUGAACUACCCACAGUACUUCCCUCUUCGCAGGGCAUUCAGUUCCACCAAGGGCAGCAUGAAGGAAUUGUAUAACAUGAUCAACACAGUGAAGUCCCAAUGCGCAGACUCCACACUGCUGGGAUCAUUUGUGGAAAACCACGACAACCCACGCUUUGCAUCCUACACCGACGACAUCGCCCUCGCGAAGAACGCUGCCGUUUUCACCAUCAUGGCAGACGGUAUUCCUAUUAUCUAUGCCGGACAAGAGCAUCAAUACAAGGGCAACAAAGACCCCGUCAACCGCGAGGCCACCUGGCUCUCGAAAUACAACACCAACAGCCCACUGUACAAGCUCAUCGGUAAGGCAAAUGCUAUUCGUAACCAGGCCAUCUACGCAAGUGACAGGUACACUACUUACAAGAACUACCCUAUCUACCAAGAUGAUAGCACGAUUGCUAUGCGCAAGGGCUACGAUGGCUCGCAGACGGUCACGGUCCUUUCGAAUCUUGGCGCUGGUGGCAAGUCGUACUCGCUUUCUUUGUCUAACACGGGAUACAAGGCCGGCACUAAGCUGACCGAGGUCAUUACCUGCUCCACUGUCACUGUUGACAGCAACGGAAAGGUUCCUGUUUCCAUGGCGGGUGGAGAGCCUCGAAUCUUCUAUCCUACCUCGAAGAUCGGAACCAGUCUCUGUUCUUAG